AAUGGGCUUUUCAGCCUGGGGAGCAGCCCCAGCAGAGCAUCAAGUGCCUGAAGACGGGGACAGGGUGUGCAGGGCUCCAGGAAGCUGCCGUCCCACGAUACUGAGUACUGCAGCAGCCAUGGUUUCUUGCGACGCAUCAGAAACCCCUCCAGGCUCCCACAGCAGCAGAGUCCAGGGGCAAAUCCUAGUGCCCAGGGAGGGCCAAGCCUGCUGGCAUGGGGAGCCAUGGAGGUAGGGCUGUCGCUGGCCAUGCUGCCCCAUCUGGCCCCAUGUCCGUGCCAUGUGUGUAGCAGUGAGUGCUGUGUCGUUGUAGACCCAGUCGAUGUCUCAUGUAGCGCAGAGGUGCCCUGUAGCUCAGUGCCUAGGAGGUGAUGUAGCACCUCGAAUAAAUGAAAUGUGAAGUUUUAGCUUACUGCAGUCAUGUCGUUCUGCUGUGGGGGGGACAUGGGUUGCCCUAGCUUGCUUAGCACUUGAGCCUUAUUGGUUUUAGCUUCAUGCAAAGUCACACACUUUAAAGCACAGACAGACCAGAAUAGAUACAGGCGAGAGAUUCAGUCUUUUAAUGAGAUGACAUUAGAAAAAAUCUCAUGGGCCGUGGUAAAUAUCAAACGUGAGAACCUGACCUUUCAGAGAGGAUGGCCAGUGUGCUGCUGCUGCAUCAGGCUGCGCACAUGCCAGGGCAUUGCAUGGAAAAAGUUGGACAUGGUUCAGAGAAGAGCCACUUGGUGUGUUUUGGGAGGAAUAUCCUGGGAUCCUUGGGCUGGCGGUACCUCUGAUGCUUGAAGCAUCCUUGCAUCCACCUCUGGAGUUGCCAUAGAAACACUCCUGUGCUGGAGCCAGCAUCAACAUGGGGCCCCAAACUGGGGAUUGAGGUUAGCAGCAGGGGGGGACUCACCAGCAGCAGAACGAGGUUAGUGACUUGUGCUAUGCUGAGAGGUCUGGGGGGCUGGAAAGAGGGAUCCUGUGCUCCGAGCACAGCACAUGCAGGGCUCUGGCACACUGCUGUGAAUAUUGCAGCAAACUGCACUUUCACAAUGCUCCCCUGAAAUGCCUUGGUGGGACAGGUAUGGUACCCCUCCACAGCCUGCCAGCCCUUUCCAGAAGCCACCGAGGCUCCUACGAACUUCACUCACCACAACUUUUGUCAUGUGCAACCCUAAAUCACAGAGUUGCAUUGGAAAUGCAGACCUGAUUAAUGAACUCGUCCCAUGGGAGCAUGGUGUGGACAGGAUAAAUCAGGCACUGAGUCACCAGCAGGCUGAUACUCCCCUGCAGCAUUCCCUUCCAGUGUGGCAGGCUGCAGUGUGGGUGCCAGUGCUUGGAACUGCUCUUACCAAAUGCAAGGCCAUGCCAGCUGCACCUUAGCACCUUGCUGUUGUGUGUCCCCACUGCGGUGACAUUUCCAGCAGCUCUACAGGUCCCCUACAGUCAGCUUGCCUCUUUCAUUACCACUCAAGUCUCCUGCAUGUGACUGGGGAAUUUGGGGUGCAUCCACCAACCGCAGCACCGCUUGACUUGACUGUUUCAAUUGAGAAGAAUCUGUGAUCUUUCCUAAAAGUCUGGAUUGCUCAUUCUUUUGUCUCUCCACUUUUGGGCACUGGAGCAGGAUCCCAACCAAAGGAGGGGAAGAAAGCAUCCAAGACAAGAGCCAAGAACGUCUUGGGAUGGAUGGAGAAAUCUUCAGGCAAAAAGGCAAAACAAAUGAUGACCCUGACUGUGCUUAAGACUGACACAUUGUUCGUUUAAGAGCUCAUGUGAGUUGCUAAUGAAAUGCUAACAAAUUGAAGAAAAGCAGUUGAGGGACAUACAAGAUAUAUUGCUGUCUAUCUCCUGGUAUGUUCUUCUAAUUUUUACUAAAUGAAAGGCUUCAAGUGUCUGGCCGGACUCCCUAAUGCUAGAAGCACAGUCUGUUACUCCAGAUAGAAGGAAUUCUACAAGCCAGCACCUGGCAACACUUCUGAUCUCCACAGAGCUGCGUUAUGGAUGAGGGAGACUGGGACUGGAGCUAGCUGUCAAACCUAUAAUUAAAAAAAUGUGUUUUCUUAUAGAAAUUUCUUUCUGUUGUCAGGAGAGAAGGAAUACAAAAUCUCAUUUAUCAUAUACCACAAAUUUGGUAGACACUCAAACCAGAAAGCUCCAGCCACAUCAGAAACAUGAAUUGCUCUGCAUAAUAACUUAAAAUAACGCGCUGAAUCCUAUAGCUCAUGCACAAAGUGCCAGCAAAUCCUUUCCAAAUAACAGUGCUGCAAUGGGUAGAAGGCCCAGUGGGCUCCUAUGAAUGCAGUUCUAGAUUUUCCAAUAAAAAGAUGGAAAAACACUGUUUAUGAUGCAGGACCACAGUGGACCUCAACACAGCAAUAGCAGCACUGGGCAUUGGCCUGCACACCCAAGCUGUACAAAGCACAGCACCAGACCAAAGCCUUCCUUUACUCAAAUGGUGCCAUAACCAUGGAUAUCCCUGCAGCAGUGUUCUCUAGAGGAAGGUUGGGCUUCCAUCCUUAGGUGGUCGACUAUCAUAUUAGUGCAGUGGGAGCACAGCCUCUGCUUCAGUCCUAGAAAAGCUUCCUACCACUGAAUCAUCGCACAGGCAAGAGUUAACAAGUCAUGGAGAUAAAUUUGAGCUAUUUAUACAGACAGCCCUGUUAUUACGAGCAAAAACAAUGCAUUAGAGCUGCUCCAAAAUGUUUGUGAAGGGUAAAAGUCUGUAAUUCUUUAAGUCAAGGCUUCAGUUCUUCAGGAUUUGUUAAGGAAACACAGCAUAGUUAUUGUUUUGACACCUCAGAGCUCCAGGCUGUAUUAAUGCUAAAACUUCCCUCCAGGCAAGAGGGGCUUGAAGGAGAUGUGAUGAACCCCUCUAAUCAAUCUUCAAAUUAAAAGCAGCUUUAUUUCUGCAGCAGUUCGUUGCUUAUGGAGCACCUUCAGAACUUGCAAACAAACAGCUUAACAGGCAUUAAAAUUGCCUUGAGUUAAAGGGGGAAAAAAUAGGCAAGCAAGCGUGCCCAUUUUCCAUUCCUGAAGACAAGGAGCAUAAAAAUUCCAGAGAAACCAUAUUUGAGAGUCUUUCUGCAGGGCACGUUUAGAUCAUGGGUUAUUUCUGUCAGACUAGCAAGUAAAAUUAAGCCGUUCUGCAUUUCCGAGAGUGCUGUUGACACUGGAGACUGCACAGCCCUUGGGCAUGAAGCGCCCCAGUGUGCUGCACAGACAGCCAAGGGUCCCCAGGCUCAAGCACCUCCUGCACACAGCACUGGGGUGGGUCCCGUCUGUGUGGGGACAGCCUGAGAGAACCCAGCUCUGUGAGGAGCCUGCAGGCCCAGCUCCAGCAGCCACACCGGCCGUGGCAGCCAUGUUGGCCGUGGCAGCCAUGUUGACCAGGCCUCACUAGGCCCCACGCUGGGCCGUGCUCCCCUUGCAGCAGCUGUGCUGUGUCCCAAGGGAGCCUUAACUCUGCAACGCUCACAAACUGCCCCUGGCUCAGGCAGUACAUGAGUUUCCUGGGGACAGAGCCCAGGGGAGGCAUUCCUCACCCCAGCCCCAAAAACACACUGGCUGCAGGGUGACCAGACUGCAGGUUGGCUGCUGCCAUUGCAGUGCAGCCAGCAGCCCCACAGGUGGCUGUAUGCAGGAUCAAUAGCUCUUGUAUUUUUCCUUUCUAACAGUUAAUCUUGAGGGGGGAAAAAAAAUGAAUUUCAACGUUUGGAAUAUCAAGGAGAUGCUCAGCACUCCCACAGCCUCUGGGCCAAACAAGCUCUUUGCCCGCAGCAGCGCUCUGAGUGACUACUCAAGUCUGAGUGACUCCCAGGUGCUCUUCGGCUCCCAGUUCUGCCCAGAGAAUGUGCAGUCAGCAGCACCGUUGGAGCUGGGUAUUGUGGGCCAGCACAACUCCCAGGACAGCGAGCCCAGUAUUUUUACCAAAUACCAAGCAAAACCACAGCUAUUUGACGAAGAUACAAGAGAAAAAGGGUUGCUUAAUUUUGGUGCAGGACAAGGGAAGAGAGUCCUGGAAAAUUUCAAAGCGAAUAACAACAAAAUAAAGGACAAAUACGAUCGAGAAGUGCUAAGCACCUUUAUUUCCAGCAUCAAUGACAGGCUUCAAGGGCUGCAAGCAUGCUUGGACAAGAUUGAAAAAGAGUUCAAUUCAAGAAACAAAUCAAUUUCUGUUCACCUGGAGACCAUUUCCAAGACACUGCAAGAUGCUCUUCAAAGUCACAGUGACGUGGUGCUGAAAGCCCUGGAAGAUAAAAGCCAAAUGGAGCAGGCACUGCUGGAGAUGGAGAGGAGGCUGGCGGCUAAAGAUGUGGAGAUUUUGGAUGUGAAAUCCAGUGUCCUGCAGCUGAAGGAGGGACUGGAGUCACUGCCAGUUCAGCUCAGUGACAACCACCUGAAACUGUGUGAAGAAUUACGCUCCCUGAAGCUCCCCAGUGCCUUAGCUGAGCUGCAGACCUUCAUAACCAGUGCCAAAGUCCCCCCCAGGACGGUGGAUAACUCCUCCCAGACCUCGCCUGGCACAUGCCAGGACUGUGCCCCACAUCAGCAGAAAGCACACUGGCUGUGCUACCAUGGUAUGGGGGGCUGCAGCUCCUUGGGUCUGUCUGCUGCGGGGAAGCAGCACAGAGUCACUGGGGACGUGACACCUCGGGGUGGCCUCAAUACACCUUCUGAAAGCAAAGUCAGCCCCGUUGCUACAGCUGUGUAUGGCGGGGAGGUGGAAUCUGCUUUGGUAGCACAGAGCUGCUCUCACCAUCCGUGUGCAUGCAGUGCUAACAGCCAGUUUCUGGGGGAUGGUCGGAAGAAGCACAUUCCCGUACUGCAGGAGAUAUCCCCAGUCACUCCUCUGAGGAAGGCAAUCCGCAGAGGUACCGGAGGAUUUAAACCCAUGACACCAUUGCAACAGAGGCAGCCUCAAGCGUGCCAUCUCUUUGUGCAAAGCAACAUGUCUGGGCAAAGAGAUGGGAGCUCGUCCACAGACCAGGAGCUGGAGAACAUAGCCGUAGGGAACAAAGCAAAGCUGAAGCUGGGAAGGAUCCCCUGGAAUAAAGUAAUGGAGAGGAAGAAAACAUACCCUGGCAAGAGAAAAGGGGAGCUCACCAGGUGUGCUGACGGUGGGCUGAAGCAAGUAAGAGCAAACAGGAUUAUCGGGUUGGGAAGCACAAGAAAAAAUUCCUUUCCCAGAUAUACAGUUGCUCUCAGUUUAGCAAGCUCUAACCCAGUUCCUGCAGCUCCCCAUCAACAGAUGCUCAGCAGUGCUCAGCCCAGGCUUACAAGGAGUUUCCUGCCAGUGCCGUGCUCCAAUAAAAGCAUGCUCCAACUUGCAGACCAAAGAAAGAGAAGUUUGGAAAACAAAAAAAGAGUGAUAGUCUCCAGUGUGAGAAGGGAUUUCUGGGAUUCCUCUCCCCAGGAAAGUCUGUUCUCCCUGUGCAGAACAGGUGAAAAACAGGAGAGCUGCUCCUCAGGCUCCACCAACCCAUGUCCUGGCAACGUGCAGGGCACAGAAUGUUGCUCCCUAGUUUUUGAUAGUGAUUAUUCAGAUUGAGGGGUUUCAUUUUCAAAGCCUCCUGUGCAGACAUGGCUGUCUCUACUGCUGUUUAUUCCUCCUGUUUAGUCUCCUGCAGCUGAUGUUGGGAGCUCCUGUUGGGAUUGCUGAGAAGGGCUGAGUGUGAGCACAGCCCCUUGAAAACAGACAGGGCUCCUGCCUGGCGCCCAAGCAUGUCACUGCCUGCUCACAUCCAUCUUCGGGGACAGCGUAGGAUCUGAAGCUUGGAAAGCUGCCUGGGUCUGUGUUAUUUUACCCCCCAACAGAAGUGCCCUGGGCUCUGUUUACUGUUGUGUUCAUGCAGCAAAGUGCCUGCACUCAGCUGAGACUUUCCGCCCUACACCUCUAAUAACGUCUUUGUAGCUGGAGGCUUUCACUCCUUUCUUAUUCGUAGUCUCUGUUUUGGUUUCUAUGCCUGAAAGUUCUGACUUUUGGCUCCCUAGAAAGUAGGGGUCUUUUUCUGGCUGGUUUUGCUAAGGUUAAGACUUGCCCCAAGAGCUGUUUCUGAGCUUUGGGUGGAUACAGGCUCGGCUGAGGAAAGCAAAGUCCCAGAAACCCAGUGCAUGGACUGCUGUGCUUCUUCUCCCUUGAGGCUGAACUUUGUUUCAGGAAAUUCAGGAUGUUGUUUAGUUUCUGUCAUAGUAGUCUCAUGUCUAUCUUCAUGAAUAAAGGACGUGUCCAUCUUAAACUUUUCAAAGAUGACUCUCAGACAGAAGCCCAAAGGAGCAAAGUUGAAAUUCAACACCUUCAGUAUCUGAUGGAUACUUCUCAUCUUUUAGAUGUAGUUCUUUGGCUCAGGGUCAUCCCAGUUGUGCAGAUGUUGAGUGAGAAGGGACCACCUCACCACCAGCCUGGGAUACAUGGCAGCUUGAGCCCUCGGCAACCCCAGGAGCAAACAGAGCAGAUCUUGCUGGGUCACCAGCCAUGGAUCUGUUUCCACAGCUUCAAAUAUUUUUGCCCUUUUGAUCUUUGAUCUGAGCUGCAGCUGGUGAAAGAAGCGUUUCAAUAUUGACACAAGCGGUCUAUUGCCACGAACCCACAAGGCGCAGUGCUCUCAUCCUGCAGGGGAAGGCUGGGAUCGUUUGUCCGGCUUUAAUAAACCCGUUGUUUCUUUGCAAAUGUCUCAUUUCUCUGUACUGGUGUUUUUUUUUCUUUUCAGGAGAGGUGAUAUCCCAUUUCAGCAGGUGAACAGACAGCGUGACAGCUGCCCAUAGCCCUUCUUCCUUUUACAUUUCCCUUCUGCAGCUGUUCUCCCCAGAGUGCAGCAAUUUGCAGUGGGUAAAACUCGCUGUGGGGGGCUGAGGUUCUCACACGUUUUGGGGAUAGGAGGACUUGGUGCUCUC